AUGCCACCCCAACACCCCUCUUCAACGACGACAACCUACCUCGAUCAACCCCCCAGCUGCCUCCAAUUCUGCCCAGCAUCCCAAAACAACUUCGUAGUCGGCACAUACCUCCUUUCCGAAACCAAAUCCACAGAAGAAGAUGGCUCAGAAACAAUCCAGCAAUCAAAAACUGGCUCCUUGCAGCUCUGGCACCUAGACCCGGAAACUGAUACAUUAUCCCAAACAUCGCGGCACGCCCUGAACGCGGCCGUGUUUGACCUUCAGUUCCACCCACGCCACCCCAGUAUUCUCGCCAUUGCAUCAAGUGAUGCAUCUGUCUCUCUAUUCGCCGUCUCCGAGACUGGAUUCACGCUUCUCUGGACCAAGAAUGUCCACGAGGACCAAUCUACUCCCGCGCUGUUCCUGGCUUGGCUACCAGAGAACUGGCUUGACCCUUCACGUUCUGCUGCGGCCAAGGAUGGGUUUGCGGUAACGUUUAGUGAUGGGCGGACAGGCGUCUUUGGGGUUGAACCCAUUGAUACUAGUGCCAGUGACAAAGGCGAUGGAGACGAACAGGCCACGGAGCUUGGGACUUUCGAAGCGAGGCAGCCGAUUGAGAUUUGGUUUGUCGCUGCCGCGUCAUAUCCGAGUCUGGAAACUCUGACUGCCAAGCAAGACUCAGACUGGACGUACACGCCGUAUCUAUUUACGGGGAAUGACUUCGGCUCAUUACACACGCGGCGAUUCCCGGAUACCAAGAAACCUCGAUCUGAAACACAAGCGGGUGAGAACGAAGAUAAUGAUGAGGAUAAGGAUAAUGAUGCCGAGAACACCCCGCUACCCCCUCUACUUCUCAAUGCGGACGAUAAAGCCCGUCACCACACGGCCGGCGUGACUUCUAUCGUUCCCUUACCAAUUCCGCUCUCAUAUCCCCUCGCGAAUGGCGAACCAUUGUUACUUACGGGUAGUUACGAUGAGAAUCUCCGGGUAUACCACGCUACGAGGGGAGGGGAUGUCCUUGCGGAAGCUGGACUGGGCGGGGGUGUUUGGCGGCUGCAGCUCCUGAACAGUACGAAGACUGAACCUGCCAAGUCUGCUUCCCAGGGAGAGGAGAAGUGGACGUUCUUGGUUCUUGCUAGUUGUAUGCAUGGUGGGACUAGGGUUGUGCGCGUUGAGGUUGGAGGAGAGGAUGGUGCGGCUGGUAUUGAGGUGUUGGCGGAGUUUACGGAACAUGAGAGUAUGAACUAUGCGUCCGAUGUUUGGAGGCCGGAGGAUCAGGCUACUGGAGAGCUCCGGGUUGUGUCGAGCAGUUUCUAUGAUAAGAGGGUUUGCGUAUGGAAGGCUGAGGUGUAG